AUGUUGGAAAAUCCCAACUCGUGUCCAGAACAAUUACGUCAACAUAUGAUCGAACGAUUUCUAAAGUCUUAUUGUCAUUACGUGAGAAUUUGUUCGACAAAUUUGGAUAAAGAUGGUCGGCCAAUGCAGGAUCCAUUUAAUGAUCAACGCGGACGAUUUCAAUACGCAUCAAUAUUGAAACGAUUGGAGCAAUUAAAAAGCAAAAUAGAAAUUGAAAGUUCGAAUCAACGAUCAGAUGAUUCACCGGCUAAUGCUCGAAUACGAGAAAUCAUGAACAGCACUUCGGCAUUGUAUUCCAAUAUUCCAUCAACUCAGAAUGAAAGUUUGGAUGAUAUAUUUAAUGAAGAUGAAGAUACAAAUAUGGAAUAUUCAUAA